UCCAACAAAGUAACUAUAGCAAUGGUGUCAUUUAAACUCUCAUUUACACUUGUUUGUUUCUUUACCUUAGCAAUUCUUCACACCAUCAAUGCCCAAAACUCCCAACAAGAUUACUUAGAUACUCACAAUGCAGCUCGUGCCGAAGUGGGUGUCGCAAACAUUGUAUGGAAUGCCACUGUGGCUGCCUAUGCUCAAAACUAUGCUAACCAGAGGAAAGCCGACUGCAAUCUUGUCAAUUCUGGUGGACCUUAUGGUGAGAACCUUGCUAAAGGUAGUGGUACCUUCUCAGGCACUGCAGCAGUGAAUUUAUGGGUAGCUCAGAAGGCUUAUUAUGAUUAUGCCACAAAUACUUGUGCUGGUGGACACGUUUGUGGACACUAUACUCAAGUAGUGUGGAGUAAUUCUAAUCAACUUGGAUGUGCUAGGGUUCAGUGUACAAAUAAUAGUUGGUGGUUCGUUAUUUGCAGCUAUUAUUCUAGUGGAAACAUCAAUGGCCAAUCUCCUUACUAGUGAACUUGAGUUGUGUUGCUGGUUAUAUAUAGAGAUAUAUAACAUAUGAAUAAAUAUAUAUACAUCUUUUUGGUGUAAUAAAGAAUUAAAGUGAUACUGAAACAUUGUUUGUCUUUUGAUUGCUUGUGUUCAUCUUCUUCUCUGUCAUAUUUUGUAAUUAUGUAUUUAGCAAAUAUCU